ACAGUCGCUCCUUGCGCCCCGGCAUAGCACCAUACACUCAUAUCCCUGCCCAGUUACUCAGUUGUCAGCUGCAAACUCGAAAAGCACCCUCUCUCUCUUCUCCGCUCUCGUCGCAGCAUCACACAACGCCUUUCUGAUGGUAGCAUCGCACUGAUCUACAGCGCGACACAGCCUCCUGCGGAAUCCUACAGUGCAGCGAUUUUCAAGGCAUAAGUGCGUCCGCGUUUGGGAUGGGAGGUGUUGCGAGCACGCCGGGUCUGAGCGCACUCGGAGCGGCAUAGUGGCUGGACAGGGACUCGCUUAUCUGGAGUGUUGAUGGGAUCCUGCUGCUAUUUCCUUUCGCGCUGGAUUCUCAUGCUUUUUAACUAACACGUCGCUGCCGGGGAUUUAAAACGGACCAAAUCAUAAAGAAGCCUCACAGCCCUGUGGAUUAGGAUAUCAAAAGGCGUUUAUUUUUUACUCAUCUCGUUGUAAUUUGGGAGUAAAGGAGUUGGGAUUCAUCGGAACGUGCCUGUUACCGCAGUGUCAAUGCGACUGCGGCUGUGAACUGAUAUCCGCAGCGAUUACAGGUAUAGAAUGACCUCAAUCCCAAGAGAGGCCUGAUCACGGAUUGGCUGAGAGUACUGGACCGAGCCCCUUCUAGCCCUCCCUGAAGCCCCGGACCAUGGAGUCCCACCACACCAGGACACGGACUACCUGUCUGACCCUAUGCUGCUUCCUGUUGGCCCUGGCCCUCCCUCUCUCCUUGGCAUCCAGGCCCCUCCCCCAUGCCCCCGACGGCGCCGCCAUCAUCACCGCCUCCAUCGACGUAGCCGAGGAGGAGGACUAUAGCACGUUCAGCGCAGAGAACCCUGAGUGGAAGUUCAACCACGUGGCCGUGGACGAACGCAACGGCAACGUGUACCUAGGAGCGGUCAACCGCAUCUACAAACUCUCCCCCGACCUAAAUGUACAGGUGUACCACGAGACUGGCCCCGACGAGGACAACCGCAAGUGCUACCCGCCACGCAUCGUGCAGCCCUGCAGCGAGCCGCUAUCUCUCACCAACAACGUCAACAAGAUGCUGCUGAUGGACUACCGGGAGAACCGGCUACUAGCCUGUGGUAGUCUCUAUCAGGGCAUCUGUAAACUCCUCCGCCUGGAUGACCUGUUCAAGCUGGGAGAGCCUUUCCACAAGAAGGAGCACUACCUGUCUGGGGUCAACGAGAGCGGUUCGGUGUUCGGCGUCAUCGUGUCGUACGGGGACUCCUCGCCCGACAAGCUGUUUGUGGCCACGGCAGUGGAUGGCAAGCCCGAGUACUUCCCCACCAUCUCCAGCCGCAAGCUGGCGCGCAACUCGGAGGAGGACAGCAUGUUCGCCUACGUCUUCCACGACGAGUUCGUGGCAUCCAUGAUCAAGAUCCCGUCAGACACGUUCACCAUCGUGCCGGACUUCGACAUCUACUACGUCUACGGAUUCGGCUCGGGUAACUUCGUCUACUUCCUUACACUGCAGCCGGAGAUGGGGAAUGGGCCGACCGCCGGCUCCUCCUCCGCGGGGCGGGAACAGGUGUACACUUCUAAAAUAGUCCGGCUGUGUAAAGACGACACAGCGUUUAACUCGUAUGUGGAGGUGCCCCUGGGCUGUGUGAAGGGGGGCGUGGAGUACCGGCUUCUACAGGCAGCCUACCUCUCCAAGGCGGGGGCCAUAUUGGGGCGCUCGCUUGGUGUGGGGCCCGACGAUGACGUUCUCUUCACCGUCUUCUCCAAGGGCCAGAAGCGCCGGCCGCGCGAGGCCUCGCAGGAGUCAGCGCUGUGCGUGUUCGCCCUGCGGGAGAUCAACGAGCGCAUCAAGGAACGGCUGCAGUCAUGCUACAAGGGUGAGGGCACCCUGGACCUGGCCUGGCUCAAGGUCAAAGACAUCCGCUGCAGCAGCGCUCUCCUAACCAUCGACGACAACUUCUGUGGCCUGGAUAUGAAUGCUCCGCUGGGGGUGUCAGAGAUGGUGCAGGGCAUCCCUCUGUUCUCCGACUCCACCGACAAGAUGACCUCGGUCAUCGCCUACGUCUACAAGAACCACUCUCUGGCCUUCGUGGGCACCAAGAGCGGGCGCAUCAAGAAGAUCAGGGUAGACGGGCCUUCCCACGGUGCAUUGCAGUACGAGGUGAUCCAGGCAGUGGAGCGAGGGCCAAUCCAACGGGACAUGGCCUUCUCCCCCGACCACCACUUCCUAUACGCCAUGUCAGAGACACAGAUGACGAGGGUGCCAGUGGAAGCCUGUGGCCAGUACUCCACCUGCAGCGAGUGUCUGGGCUCAGGAGACCCUCACUGUGGCUGGUGUGUCCUGCACAACAUGUGCACCAGGAAGGAGAAAUGCGAGCGCUCGGCCGAACCCCGGCGAUUCACCUGGGACAUCAAGCAGUGUGUCCGCCUCAGUGUCCACCCCAGCAACAUCUCAGUGUCCCAGUUCAGUGUCACGCUGAUCCUGGAAGCCCAUAACGUCCCAGAGUUGUCUGCAGGGGUCAACUGUACCUUUGAGGACCUGGCUGAAAUGGACGGUCUGGUGGAGGGGAAUCGCAUCAAGUGCAGCUCGCCUGCCGAGAAGGAGGUGCCCCGCAUCAUCGUAGACAAUGGUGAUCACCAGAUAGUUCAGCUCUACCUCAAGUCCAAGGAGACGGGCCUGGUCUUCGCCAACACCAGCUUUGUCUUCUACAACUGCAGCGUCCACAAGUCGUGUUUGUCAUGUGUGAGAAGCCCCUACCAGUGCCACUGGUGUAAAUACAGACACGACUGCACCCACGAUCCACGCACCUGCUCCUUCCAGGAGGGACGCGUCAAGAAGCCAGAGCUCUCCCUGUCGCUUUUGCAGGAGUGUCCCCAGCUGCUGCCCACCGAGCGCAUCCUGGUGCCGGUCAACGUGGUGAAGCCCAUCACCCUACGGGCAAAGAACCUUCCCCAGCCACAGUCAGGACAGCGGGGCUAUGAGUGUCUGCUCACCAUCCAGGGCGUGGAGCAGCGGGUGCCCGCGCUCCGCUUCAACAGCAGCAGUGUUCAGUGCCAGAACACCUCGUACUCAUAUGAUGGGAUGGAGAUGAGCAGCCUCCCUGUGGACCUGACGGUCAUCUGGAAUGGAGACUUCAGCAUCGACAACCCCGCCGACAAUAAAGUCCACAUAUACAAGUGUGACGCCCAGAGAGGCAGCUGUGGGCUGUGUCUGAAGGCAGACCCCCUGUUUGGCUGUGUGUGGUGCAAGGGGGAGAACCGCUGCACCCUCAAGCAGCACUGUCCCCAGCCUGAGAGCCAGUGGCUGGAGAACAAUGGACUCAACAGCAAGUGUACACACCCACGCAUCACCCAGAUCACUCCACUGCGGGGGCCUCGGGAAGGGGGCACCCUGGUAACCAUCCGGGGGGAGAACCUGGGCCUGGACUUCAGUGAGAUCCAGGGGAACGUCAGGGUGGCAGAGGUGGACUGUACCCCCGUCCGCGAGGGAUACAUCCCCGCAGAACAGAUAGUGUGUGAGAUGGCGGUGGCAACGCCGAGCCAGUUCGCCAACUACGUGGAGGUGUGUGUGGGGGGUGUGGGGGUCAGAGAGUGUCCAAAGGAGUUCAGGGCCAUAUCCUCCAAGUACUACUACUUUGUGGUCCCCAGACUGAUCCGCCUGAAGCCCAGCCGAGGGCCCGUCUCCGGGGGAACCAUCGUCAACAUCACCGGUAGCAACCUGGACGCCGGGAGCAACGUGUCCAUCAUGUUCAAAGACCAGAAGUGCACCUAUCACAGGAGGGGCGGCCAGUGGAUCACGUGUCGCUCCCACGCCUCGCUGCAGGGCUAUGGAAACGUCAGUGUGUCAGUGACGGUGGACAAGGCCCGGAUCCAGAAAGACUUGAAGUUUGAGUACGUGGAGGACCCCACUAUCAUCAAGCUGGAACCCGAGUGGAGCAUCUUCAGUGGGCACACACCUGUGACCGUGACCGGCACCAACCUGGACAUCAUACAGAGCCCGCUUAUCAGAGCCAAGUACAAUGGUCGAGAGACAGUCAACAUAUGCCAGGUGUUCAGCUCCAUGUCCAUGCUGUGCCAGGCCCCAGAGCUGCCCAUCAGCCUGGGCAGGCAGAGGGAGGUGCCAGCACGGCCUGAUGAGUUUGGCUUCAUCCUGGACGACGUGCAGGCCGUGCUGGCCCUCAACAACACAGCGUUCAUCUACUACCCCAACCCCGAGUUCGAACCCCUUCAUGUGUCCGGGGUGCUGGAGCUCAAGCCUGGCUCACCCAUCAUACUGAAGGGGCGGAACUUCCUCCCUCCCACCAAUACCAAUGGCAAUAACGGCAAGCUGAACUACACGGUUCUGAUUGGAGAUAAACCUUGUCUGUUGACCGUGUCAGACAACCAGCUGCUGUGUGAGUCGCCCAACCUGACGGGGCGACACAAAGUCCUGGCCCGUGUGGGCGGCAUCGAGUUCUCCCCGGGCGUGGUCCACAUCACGUCAGACAGUCCGCUGAGUAGCACAGCCAUCAUCAGCAUCGCCGGCGCCGGCGCCCUGCUCAUCUUCUUCAUUGUGAUAGUGCUCAUUGCCUACAAACGCAAGUCACGCGAGAGUGACCUCACCCUGAAGAGGCUGCAGAUGCAGAUGGACAACCUGGAGUCUCGUGUGGCCCUGGAGUGUAAAGAGGCCUUUGCCGAGCUGCAGACAGACAUCCAUGAGUUGACCAGUGACCUGGACGGAGUGGGCAUCCCUUUCCUGGACUACAGGGCCUACACCAUGAGGGUCCUCUUCCCUGGCAUAGAGGAGCACCCUGUUCUUAGGGACCUGGAGGUGCCAGGCUACAGACAGGAGCAGGUGGAGAAGGGCCUGAAGCUGUUCGGCCAGCUCAUCAACAACAAGGUCUUCCUGCUCUCAUUCAUCCGCACGCUUGAGUCGCAGCGCGGCUUCUCCAUGCGCGACCGCGGCAACGUGGCCUCGCUCAUCAUGACAAUGCUGCAGAGCAAACUGGAGUACGCCACCGACGUCCUCAAGCACCUGCUCUCUGACCUCAUCGACCGCAACCUGGAGAGCAAGAACCACCCCAAGCUGCUGCUCCGAAGGACGGAGUCUGUGGCAGAGAAAAUGCUGACUAAUUGGUUCACCUUCCUGCUCCACAAGUUCUUAAAGGAGUGUGCAGGUGAACCCCUCUUCUCCCUCUUCUGUGCCAUCAAGCAGCAGAUGGAGAAAGGUCCCAUCGACUCAAUCACUGGCGAGGCGCGCUACUCGCUCAGUGAGGAUAAGCUCAUCAGACAGCAAAUCGACUACAAGACGCUGGUGGUGAACUGCAUCCACCCAGACAAUGAGAAGAGCCCUGAGAUCCAGGUGAAGGUGUUGAACUGUGACACCAUCAGCCAGGUGAAGGAAAAGAUCCUGGACGCCAUCUACAAGAACGUUCCCCACUCCCACAGACAGAAGGCCUCUGACAUGGACCUAGAGUGGCGCCAGGGCAGAGGUCAGCGUACGAUCCUGAUGGAUGAAGACCUCUCCACCAAGAUCGAGAGUGACUGGAAGAGACUCAACAUGCUUACUCACUACCAGGUGCCUGAUAACUCUGUGAUGGCCCUGGUCCCCAAGCAGGUUACAGCCUACAACUCGGUCAACAACUCCACUGUGUCCAGAACCUCGGCCAGUAAAUACGAGAACAUGAUCAAGUACACAGGGAGCCCCGACAGCCUGCGCUCGCGCACACCCAUGAUCACACCCGACCUGGAGAGCGGGGUAAAGGUGUGGCACCUGGUCAAGAACCACGAACACGGGGACCAGAAGGAAGGAGACCGUGGCUCCAAGAUGGUCUCUGAGAUAUACCUGACCAGGCUGCUGGCCACCAAGGGCACUUUACAGAAGUUUGUGGAUGACCUGUUUGAGACCAUCUUCAGCACGGCCCACCGAGGCAGUGCCCUGCCCCUGGCCAUCAAGUACAUGUUUGACUUCCUGGACGAGCAGGCUGACAAGCACAGCAUCCAUGACCCGCAUGUCAGACACACAUGGAAAAGCAACUGCCUACCUCUGAGGUUCUGGGUGAACGUGAUCAAGAACCCCCAGUUUGUGUUCGACAUCCACAAGAGCAGCAUCACGGACGCCUGUCUGUCUGUGGUGGCCCAGACCUUCAUGGACUCCUGCUCUACCUCCGAACACCGCCUGGGCAAGGACUCACCCUCCAACAAGCUGCUCUAUGCCAAGGACAUCCCCAGUUACAAGAGCUGGGUGGAGAGGUACUACUCAGACAUCAGUAAGAUGCCGGCCAUCAGUGACCAGGACAUGAAUGCGUACCUGGCAGAGCAGUCCCGGAUGCACAUUAACGAGUUCAACAGCAUGAGCUCCCUCAGUGAGAUCUACUCCUACGUGGGCAAAUACACAGAGGAGAUUGUGUGUGCGCUGGAGCAGGACGACGCCGCCAGGAAACAGAGACUUUCCUUCAAGCUGGAGCAGGUGGUGGCCUUCAUGAGCCUGGAAAGCUGAGGACCGCACUUCCCAGGGCGCACUGGGAGACCCGUCAGAAACCGAGCCGUGCCUGAGCAAAGACCUGUCCAUCGAUCUCUUCACCAUCAUCAUCAGAACUCCUCUCCUUUUCAAAUACACAUUUCCCUUUUUCUUCCUCUUCCUGACAAGUGUUUGGCAUCUCAUCCGCUCAGCUUCAUAGGACGUGUAGAGAAGACUGGCUGAUGGACUGACUGGAGAGGCGGCGGAGCUAGGGAAUGCUUUUCCCACCAUGAAAUGGGAAGGCCUCAUCCCAGCUUUGCUGCGUAGAAGAGUCUGAUGGAGGGGUGGUUAUCUGCCAGCUCACCAUAUCGCCAUAAUUUACACCUUCAUGUUGGGGGAGAAACAAACAAACAUUCUAUUUAUGUUGCCUUUCAAAAUAACGCUGAUAGCAAAGUAUUUUGCAACCACAAUGUUGGGCGUCAAUUUGUUCAGACUUUCUGAAUAGGAUAUUAGUCAAUGAAACUACUACAAAGUACAGUUAAUUGUAGUGCUAUAGUCAACAUCACAUAAAAUGUGGAAAAACAAAGUGGUAUUAUAUCAAUGAGGAAAGCAAAAUGCCCACCUCUGAAGGCAAAGAACGGAAGGUUUGCCUGGUUCACACAGUUCCUACUAGUUAUUCAUACAUACUGUAACUGGAUGAUUGGGAAAUAGGCUAACUCCAGAAUUUGUUUUCUCAAUGUAGCUUUGAGGUGUAUUUAAAGAGACUCCGAUAGGGGCUGGGGAGAGUUAGUGCUUCUUGAAUUUUCAAUUUUUUUCUGUAAACCUGACUGACUUUGAAACACAGAGAAGAACAGAGUCCCCUUUGUGGCAUUGGCGCAAGUCUGCUCCCACCCACCAACCAACCCCUCCAUGUAACUCUAUAGAUAAAACAAUGCUCAUCUUCUGAAUCCGUCUGGCUUGUGUGGUACCUGCUAAAUUAUCCUGACUACUUUAAGACUCAUUAGUGGAGGGCAGACCCAGGUCUGUCUGGUCCUCCUCUGUGACAAGAAGCACACGUCCAACUCUUGACCAUAGUGACAUGACCGCUCUGACAUCUGGAACGGUCAGUCUGACCCGUGUGUGUUGCUAACAGAUGGGGGUCACUCGCCGGUCUAUCAAAGCACACACACAGAAACAGAUACACACUGCAGCUGUCCAAGACCUGUUCUGAGGGAAACACUACUUCUGAUACACCCUCUGAUCACACUGUCUGAAUACUAGGGGAGCUGACUGACAUCUACUGAGAGGAGGAGAGUGACGCUUUACUAGAGCAGUCUUACCAUGGACCCGUGCUUUACACAUGACAGAGACGGUGCGGUACUGCCUAAAUGGGAUCUGCUUUGCUGAGAGAGAGAGAGUGAUUCUUUCACUGGACCUUCUGUAAAGACUUGGGACAGGGGGAAUCAAGUGAUGGACAUAACUGGUCAGCCGAAAAACCAAAGGAGCUUGACAUUUAAAAAGACAAAAAAAGUCAUUUAAAACAAUGUAUUUAAAGUGCUACAAAGGAAAGGAAAUGACACAGGAAAAGGAUUUGGUGAAAGAAAAACCCACCCCACAACAACAACCAACAAAAACUUAACCCUGUGUGAUUUUCUGACCUCAGUGUGCCGAAGGGGGAGCCGCGGACGAGUCCCGCCCUCCUCGCCGUCCCGGUUUCUCCCGCGUUUGGCACACCGUUUUUCUUCCCUCUUUGUCCGGUUUUCCACGUCAGUUUUUUUGCACAAGUGUGGAGACAGCUUCCACGCGGGAAUCCCAAACUCGGAGCGCUCUGGGUCGCUCAUGUUGUGUGUUAGUGUAGUCGUCCUCUGCGGCCUUCUCCAAGCCUCAAAAAGCUGAAACUAGAGUGGGAAAAACAAACAAGUGAACGUCAAAUAGACGACCGGAAACUAACGGACAUGAACAGACUUGUGGAAUGUGAUAACCUGGAUGAGAUAGAUAAAUAGAUGGAGAGAGAGAGAGAGAGAGAGAGAGAGAGAGAGAUGGAGAAACGAUGGAGAAACCCUCCUUUCCUUUAGACCUCUGACCUUUCUUUUGCCUUGACAACGUGCCCCAUGUGGUGAUGUGAAUGUGUGAAGACCGCCCUCGGUCCACCUUGAGUCCUUAUUGGCUUUUUAAGCGCAUGUAAAACUUCAAUCUAAAACAAAAAAAAACAGGAAAAUAGAGAAAAUAAGCCUUGCAAAUGAUGACGUGGAUGUGUUAUUUUCUUUACUUUGCUUGGAAGAAAAAUCAGAUGGAAAAAAGUGGAUUGUUCAUGUUAAAACUAUAACUAACCGUUAAGGUGGAACCUUUAUCUCCUGUUCAGCCCAUGCAAACCUCUCAUUAACAUGUUUUGUGAAAGUGUUAGAUGCUAAUAAGAAUAAAGUGGUACCUUAAAAUCCAAUAUAUUAUAUACCCUUGCAUGCUGACCUAUUUGGAUGUUAUGAAACGGAACUGCCUUGCAAUCAAAUAUAUUUAUCUACUGCUACUAGGAAACUUUUAAACGGUUCACAAGCAAAAACGGUUAUUUUAGAUUCUCAUGGACUGAUAUAGUACAAUAACUCAUGACUAAGUUUUCCUUCAUUCAGUCCUUUUGCUUAGUCCUUUUAAGGUAGAUUGUCCUCUACCACCCACCCAUAUUCAUGUUUCAUUAGUUUGUGACUAUUCACCAGUUCCAGAGCCCUCAGGUUUUGGGUCUGGUAGACUGAUUCUCCAGUGAGCUUCUUGCUCUUGUCUUGGCUGCUAUUGCAUCUCUAGCGUCUGUCUGUGUUUUCAUCCGGAAACUAUCUCCCCUAGCCUAUAACCUUACCUUUUGAUUCUAUUAUUUUAUUAUAAAAAAUGUUACAUUUAUUUUUGUAAGUCUAGGACUGGCUGCAAAGCUACCUUGUAAACGUCUUAUUGCAGCACGUUACUAUAGUUGUGGAUAUGUUUUUUAGAUUCUGUUUUGACAGUUGUUUGAUCUGAAGAGCUCAGUGCAUACAGAACAAGCAUUAGGAAGAGGGCUUUCAGGGUUCAAUGCAAAAGUUUGCUCAUACAAAACCCAUUUAGCUCACAACAUAUCCUCGUUAUUGGGAUUUUUAUGGUCUUAUGGGGUGUACAAUACAUUCAAGUCAAUCAUAGAUGACUUGUCUGUAAAUAUCUGCUGUCCUUCGAUUCUACUGUUACAUCAACAGGGGGACUGCACACACUUACUGAAAAGAUACUGGUUGUUUUUACUCAGAAACCCCCUCUCCUUUGGACAGUUUCAAACGAUUAAACGUCUCUUGAUUAACUAAUCAAAGACAAACAGGUGUCUGGAAGCUUCAAUAACCAGACUAGUUCUGAUCCUGAAAGCUUUUGAUUUACUUAGUUGAUUGAGUUUUGUAAAUUGUGUUUUAUUUCUGUCAUACCAUCCCUGUCCAUUGUGUCAAAUGUAUGGAACAUAUCAUCCUCAACUGUCUAAAGGGGCGUGUUCUGUCAGUGGUUGGUGUUCAGGUUCGAGGGGGUACAUUCAUGAACAGCGCGUUCUCUGGACGUUCUACACUGCCAACAUUUUCAAACUGUUCACAAAGCUUGUAAUCAAAUGAACCAUAAGAAAGAAUAGAAAGGAAUCUACUGUAUUCAUUCAGUCUGAUGGAAAAUGUGAUUUCCCAGGAAAUGUAGUUGGGAAAUAAGACUGAGCUUGGCAGGGAACUCAACGUUUAGGAGCCCUUGUUAAGUUUAGAGGCUGUAAAUUGACCCACUAUCACCCAUGUAUCAUAUUGUGUCUAGCUACCCAAAAGUUUCCUCCUCUCUAAGUCCAUUGUUUUUAUUUGGUGGUGAAGAGAAUGAAUGUCCUAGAAUCUCGUAGUGAAUCUGCCCCCCGGUGUUGUAACAUACGGUGUUUCCAUUUUUCCCCAUGCUCCCCAGCGACAAAGCUCGUCUGAGACUACUGACCCCUUUGUUGCCGAGGUACUCGAUAAAGCUUCCACCUUCAACGUUUUGUAGGAACUAAAGAUAGGUCCUUCUAGAGCUCAGUGUUAUAGCAGGUGUUACAGAAACAGUAGAAAAUACUUUUACUAUUACCAUAUUUGCUGAGAGAUAAAGAGUAUCCUAUAAAGAGAUAAAAGCUAAACCUGGGGGGGAAAGACCAGCUUCUCUAACUUUGCUAUAAUUAAUUGUAUACCUGUGUAUGUAAAUAUAAUGCAUUCCUAUUUUGCAGUCAAGAACAAAAUACUAUUUGUAAUAUAGAAUAAACUUUAUUAUGAAACAAA